GCGGGGUUCCUGAGAUCGGGAGCGGCGAUCGGGGCCAAGUCCGGGCCAAAUUUCCGCGCAAGACGCCCCACAGAAUUCAGAGACAGACAUAAUGAGCGUGCGGUUUGGUUGCACUGCGCAAUUUCUUAUAAAGCGUACUUCUUUUAUUCUUGUUAUUCAGCGAUUCCCCAUUUUUACAAAACGUUUUCAGUGAAGAGAAGCCGAGUGACGAAGGAAGCCUGUGCGAUCUUCAAGAAAAAAGACCAAAUCGGGACCGUUUUGAGAAACGUUUAGAAAACCAGUUCAGUUGUUAAUACUUGCAUUUCUAUAUGAGCAGCUUCAGUACCGUUAGUGCCGGUUGAGUCAAGAAAAUGCAAGCAUGUCGAAGUAGUUUUGACUAGAAGAAAGAAAAGAAGGAAGAAAGAGAGAGCGAGAGAGCGCGAACGUGCAUUAAAGCCCAUGACACCGUUUCAAAGCAUCCCCCUCGCCUCUUAAGAAAAUUUCCACCGGUGCUUCCCAAGAAGCCGCUUUUUACCACUUUCGCUUUCGUUUCCCCACUUCCUGCAGAAAGGAGGCAGACUCUGCUGGCUUCCAGGGUUCCUCCGCCUCGAGCUGCUGGGUUUGGAGUGCGGGGAGCACGAAGUGUUUGCUGUACAGAAGCAGCAGGAUCAGAAUGAGUGCCACAGAGUACCUUCCGAAGAUCGAUGAGGAAUUGUACUCCCGCCAACUCUAUGUGCUGGGCCACCAGGCCAUGCAGAAGAUGGCUACAGCUGCGGUGCUGGUUUCUGGAAUGAGGGGGCUGGGGGUCGAGAUUGCCAAGAAUGUGAUUCUUGCAGGUGUGAAAUCUGUCACUCUCCAUGACCAGAAUGAUGCUCAGUGGAGUGACCUGUCCUCACAGUUCUACCUGUCAGAGAAUGAUGUUGGGCAAAACCGAGCUAAGGUCUCUAAGCACCAUCUCGCCAAGUUAAACACCAAAGUUGCUGUGAGGGACUACACCAGUGGACUAUCGGAGAACUUCUUGGCUGAUUUCCAGGUUGUGGUCCUGACUGACUCAUCCUUGGAGGAGCAGCUGCAUAUCAGUGAUUUCUGCCACGCAAACAAAAUUUGCUUUGUCCUAGCUAACACCAAAGGCCUGGCUGGACAGGUUUUCUGUGACUUUGGAGAAAACUUCAUGGUGUGUGAUUCUUCAGAAGCUGACCCUGUGUCUGCUGCUAUUGAACACAUCACCUUGGGUAAUCCUGGCAUAUUGACUGUGGCUUGUGAUGAUGAGCAGGGACAUCACUUUAUGGAUGGUGACUGGGUGGUGUUCUCUGAGAUUGAAGGGAUGACAGAACUGAAUGGUUCUAAGCCCCGCCAGAUUUGUGUGAAAGGAAAAUACACCCUGGAGGUUGGAGACACAUCUUCCUUUUCUCCAUACCAGCGUGGUGGGAUCAUCACUCAGGUCAACGUGCCUCAAAAGCACUCCUUUAAGUCUCUGCAAGCCUCCAUGGCUGAUCCUAAGAUCAAAACCCCAGACAGGAAUAAAAUGUUUCGUUAUCGCACUCUUCACGUGGCCUUCCAGGCAGUUCACAUUUUCCAGAAUAAAUUUGGUCGACUUCCUAGGCCUCAGAAUCAGGCAGAUGCAGACAGGUUGGUAGAGCUGGCGGAGACCCUCGCUGGGGAACAGGAACUACUGCAAAAGGAUCUGAUACGGACGUUUGCUUAUGGAUGUAUGGGGGAUCUGAGCCCUAUGAAUAGCUUUAUUGGAGGCGUUGCUGCCCAAGAAGUGCUAAAGGCUGUCUCGGGAAAGUUCAUCCCUUUGGAUCAGUGGCUGUACUUUGAUGCCUAUGAAUGCCUGCCUGAAGGGGAGCAGCUGACAGAGGAAAACUGUGCCCCACGUGAUAGUCGCUACGAUGGGCAAGUUGCUGUCUUUGGGGCUGACUUCCAAAAACAGCUUGGGAAGCAGAAGUAUUUCCUGGUGGGAGCAGGUGCGAUUGGCUCUGAGCUCUUGAAGAAUUUUGCAAUGAUUGGCUUGGCUGCUGGCGAGGGUGGGAAGAUCACUGUGACAGACAUGGACAUCAUUGAAAAGUCCAACCUCAACAGGCAGUUCCUAUUUCAACCAGAAGAUGUAUUUAAGCAGAAGUCAGAAGUGGCUGCAACUGCCAUAAGACUUAUGAAUCCCAAUAUCAAUGUGACAGCUCAUCAGAAUCAGGUUGGGCCUGACACAGAACACUUCUAUGGGGAUGACUUCUUCCUGAGCUUGGAUGGUGUAGCCAGUGCCCUGGACAGCUUUCAAGCUAGAGAAUAUGUGGGUGAAAGAUGCGUGCGUUAUCUCAAGCCUCUGCUCGAUUCUGGGACACAUGGCACCAAGGGACAUGCCCUGGUCUUUCUGCCUUAUCUGACAAAGACACAUGAACGAGGUCAGGAUUCGGAUAGCCAAGAAUUCCCUCUCUGUACCCUGCGCCAUUUUCCCAGCACCAUCCAGCAUACCAUUCAGUGGGCCCGAAAUCAAUUUGAGGAUCUUUUCAAAAACGGAGCAGACAACACCAAUAAAUUUCUGAGGGAUCCCACCUCCCUUGAGACAGAAGGCAUGGAAGCUUUGAAGAUGCUGAAUCUAGUGAAAAUGAGCCUUCAGGAGAAGCCACGCUGCUGGCAAGACUGUGUGGCCUGGGCCCGGAGACUUUGGGAGUGUCUUUUCUGUCAUGACAUCCUGCAGUUGCUGUACAACUUUCCACCUGAACAUGAGACAAGCUCUGGACUUCCUUUCUGGUUGGGAUCCAAGCGAUGCCCCCACCGACUGCAUUUUGACUACAAUAAUCCCACCCACAAGACCUUCAUUGUGAUUGCCAGUCGCCUCUUUGCCCAGACACACAGGCUGCAUGUUCAUGAGGAUGAAGCUACCACCUCCCAACUCCUCCAUGAUUUGCAUCUCCCACCCUUCCGCCCAUGUCGGGGGAUGCAUAUCCCUGUUACCGAUGAAGAGAUUCCAACACUACCAGAUCAGACAGUGCUAGUAGAGCUGAAGCAAGAAUUGGGAAAGUUAAGACAAGAACUUGAAAAAGGCAGUGCCCUCUUCUCUGCUUAUAUGGAGCCCCUUCACUUUGAGAAGGAUAAGGACUCUCAUUUGGAUUUCAUCACGCAUGCAGCCAAUCUGCGAGCCGAGAACUAUGGCAUCUCUCCAGUGGAUAAAUUCCAGGCCAGGAGGAUUGUGGGCCAGAUUGUACCUGCUAUUGUCACAACAACGGCUGCUGUAGCUGGCCUGACCUGCCUGGAGCUUUACAAACUGGUGUGGCAGCACAAGGAUCACAGUUCCUAUCGCCAUAGCUUCUUCCAGCUUUCUGAGCCCCUCCUCCAUCGCUCUGAGCCUCUGCCAUCUCCACAAGCAUACAAGUAUCACCAGAAGACAUGGAGCUGCUGGGACAGAAUUACAGUGCCUGGUUUUAAUUCCAAAGGAGAAGUUGUCACCUUGAAAGACAUCUGUGAUCAUAUUCAGAGGGAACAUAACCUGGUACCUCAGAAGUUGCUAUUUGGGACAGCCACUCUCUAUGAUAAGGAAGAUAAGAUAAUAGAGCAACAACCUCCUUUCAGCCUGACUGAAUUGAUUCAUCAAAUCACUGAAAAGCCGGUCUCUGAGGAGCACCAUCUCUUGGUGUUAUCAAUGGUCUGUGAAAACGAAGAGCUUGAUCAUGAUUUGCCACCUGUUCAUAUCUGGCUUCAACCAAUGAGUAGUCAAAAAUAAGUAACUCGUGUAACAGGUCAGAAGGGAAACACUCAGACAGAAGCACUGAAAGUGGCUGCUCCAAACUCACAUUAAUGCAAGAAUGUGCUUUGAUGAAGGGAUGAAAAUGAUGUGUCCUCUCCAGUGCAACAGCUUAAAUUUGCCUGCAAGUGUUAUCCUAACCCUGAGGGCCACCAACAGAUAAUUCAUGGGAAAUGAAUACAAAGUGCAGUCUACUGAGUUUCUUCUUUUGCACCCUGAGUCUUGCUUCUCAUUAUCUUCCUACACUGCUUUGGUUGGGUGUGUGGCAACAUUACAUUCACCUGCUUUGUUCUGCCAUAAAGUUUAUUGAGUUGGUACCUCC